CGUUAAACUACUUCCUAUUUGAAGUCACAUCCAAGUUACAGCUUAAGGGGCGGGAAACCUUUUUUAAACUAGCGAUUGCACUGAAAACAAUAAGUUUGGCUAGUCAGCCAAACAUUUAGCUAUUCCAUUAACGUCAUCGUUUACUGUUUUAAUCUUGACAAGAGGACUGUAGGAAAUAACCGCAGAUGCAAUGUCAAAUGUCGUUUUGAGUGCAAAUUAUAUGGAGGCAUCAACAUUAGACAGUCUCGACGAGUCUACAUCAAGCUCGGACGCUGGAGAUGUUUUAAUUCGCGCAACUAGAAUUCCAUUUCUAAACCAGAGCAGCUUUGAUAAACGGAAUUUUGGAACUACCUCAGUCGACCCUGGUUGUAACGAUAGAGUUACGAUUUCCGUGAAGAGACUGCGUGAAGUUACACUCCCAUCCAUGGAAGCAACAACAGAAACUGUCCUGGAACAAGAACAAACAUAUGUGCCCCCAGCUUUGCCAGCAAACAAACCACUAGCCGCCCCUCCGGAAAUGCUAAAUGCAACUUCAUCGGACAAGGCUAAAGUGCAGCGGGGCGACCCCAAAGUAAAAAAUGGACCUGGAGAAGACUCGGUCAGUCAGGCUUCAAAUACUGAUGGAAAGCAGCCACUUUCCCACAGUAGCCUGCCAGGGGGCAGUAUGCUCAAAGGACAAGAUGUGCUGAUAUCCCAGUACGCUGGAAACAAAGAGGCUGUGCGGGCGGUCUUAAAGCAGAGGUCUAACAGUGCCCCUUUGAGGCGAGAGGUGAAGGUGCAGCUGCUGAACCGGCCAUUGUCUGCCACCCAGGCACCCCAGGGACCCCCACCUCUCCUGGGACCCCAGCCUCCUGCACUUUUCCCUGGGGACCAGGGGGCUGGUGCUGCUGCUGCAGCCGUCACUGCUGCGGCCCUCACUGUCACUGCACCGCUCCUGAAGGCGCAGAGUGAGCUGGACUCGCAGCUGGCGCGUUUCUCGGCGGACCUGCAGCGGCUGCAGGCGGUCAGGCCUCAGGAGGACCGCAGCAGCGCGCUGGAGCAGCAGCUCCACUCCCUGACUCAGCAGAGACUGCAGCACCUGGAGAGGAUCCAGGAACAACAGAUGGAACUGCAGAACCGUCUUCUGGGCUCCGCCCUGGAUGUGGUGACGGCCCGCGUCCCUGGCCCCGCCCCACAGGCGUCCGCGGCUCCCGCUCUGCAGCUGGCGCCGGGCCCUCGUGAGCAGAGCGUCACGCCCCCCGGGCCCCUGGCCCCCACCACCGCUGGGACAGGAGCAGGUGACCCGGCCCAGCGCGGACGCGGGAGGCGGACCCCCCCGGAGACUCCGGCCCCCCGCAGGUUCGCCCCUAUGCCCAUGUCCCGGGACGCCAGGGCCCGAACCGGCCAGGAGCACCUCGCGCCGGACCCGCAGAAGGCUUCCCGCCCGGCAGGAGGAAAUGGCAGGCUCCUGGAAGAGAUCCUUAACAACCCCAAAUCUUCAGGGAGCAGAACGAAGCCUGCGGGGGGACAGAGGGUUGCCAUAGCAACAGCUGUCUGCCAACCAGAACCAUCCAGAGCUCCAGGGCAGGCCAGCACAGCCGUGAGGAAGCCCAGCAGUGAGCACCCAGGCCUGGGCCGUGUGCUGGGAGAGCUCCCCUCUGUCCCCAGCGCAGCCAUGGAGAGGGCCUCGGGCAUGCUGCAGGACCUGGGCCGGCUCAAGCAGGAGAUGCAGACCCUGCUGCAGGAGGGUCGGCAGUCUCCUCCGCCCGGCCUGCAGACUCACGGCAAGACAGGGUCUGUGUUCCUCGGACGUGUCCUGCCUGGUGAUGCGCUCGGAGAUGAGGGCAGAGAGCCAGCCGCCCUCCCCCCUCCUCCCCCUCCCCCUCCUCCUCCUCCUCCUCACGUCUCCACGGGUGAAGAGCGUGUCCAUGGCAACCGCCCUCAGCCCGCGCCUCGGCCGCCGCCCGCCCCGCCCACCCUGCUGCAGAAAAGCCACCCCCCGCCGUCCAUGUUCGAGGACGCGGGGAAGGCCCUGCGCCGAGUCCAGCGCCACAAGAGGCUCCUGGAGGACAAUCUGGAGGCCAUCUUGAGGGCGAAGGACGGGGAGGCUCUGCACUGCCAGCUGGAGGCGCUGUGCUCCAACAGGGGCGCCAAAGAGGCGGUGAGGAUAAAGAAGACCGUGGACGCCUGGAUCAGCACUCUCUCAAAGGAGAUCCAGGCUGAAAUGGGAAGAGAGGACUCUGCGGCACGAACAGCCGAGAGGGACAAAGGGAGCCGCGGAGGUUCGCCGCUGAAGGGCGGGGGGGCCAAGGACCUGGGCCCGCUGAAAGAGGGGACAGGCGCGGCCGGGAGCAGGGCCAGACCUGCAGGAAGAAAGCCCUUUCAGAGAGGGGCCCAAGGACACGCCCCUGAGGCACAGCACAAACACCUCGCCCCCUCUCUGAAGACCAGGGGUCCCCACCAGCCGAGGCUAUUUGGAGCGUCCAAGUCUGAAAAGGAGGACGAGGAGUAUUUGAUGAAGGUCUACGGGAAGGCGCUGUACGACGGCCAUCGGAGAACGCUGAAGAAGGCCCCCUACCUCCGCUUCAGCUCCCCCUCCCCGAAAUCCAAACCCCAGCGGCCGAGGGUGGUGGAGAGCGUCAGAGGAGUCAAAGUGAAGUCAGCUAAAACGCAGACCAGCCUGUUCCCAGACAAAACCCGCACCAUUGACACAGAGCCCCAGUACAUUUUCAGUCCUACAAGGGGGGGGCACGAUGGUCCUGAGGGGCCCCACACCGCGCUGGAGGGCCUUCUCAUCCCCAUGGCGAUCCCGCUCGGCCAGCCCAGAGUGGACGGAGGGGCCCCCCAGCCUUCCCGUGUCAUCAUCACUCACCGUCCCGUGACCAUGACCGCCUCCAUCCCCCCGGCCCCGCCCAAACAGGCCAGCAAGCCCAACGUGGUGGUGAUGGAGGUUCAGUCCGAGAGGAAGCCGAAGCCCCAGCUCCAGGUGCAGGUUCUCCCCUGCGUGGACAUCGACAGCGUCUCUAGUGCGAGCCCGGCGCCCUCCUCGCCCCUCCCUCACCCCCCACGAAUACAGACAGUGGAGCAGAUUCCAGAGGAAGAUCUGACCGUCUUCCCUGGAACCGAUUACCUGGCUGUGGCUGACAUAUCUCAGGAGCCGGAGGAGGAGUUUGUGGACACGCCCAUCGAGCUGAGCGGUUCCGCCGAGCCUCCAGCCGCCAUGUACCACGGCCCGGCAUACCCACCCCGGCCGUCAGGGCCCCCGCCAGGCACAGAGCCCAUCCUGGGGGUCAUCCAACAGAGGGAGACCCUGGAGAACCGGCUGGUGGACUGGGUGGAGCAGCAGCUGAUGGCCAGGGCGAUCGCAGGGAUGUGUCCCCAGCGUGCGCCGGUGGAGCGGGCCAGCCUGUCCGAGCCGGAGGAGAGCGGCUCUGAUAUAGUCGAAGCGGCUGGUGGAGGGGGCCUGCAGUAUUUUGUGGAUGCGGGAGUUCCAGUCGACUCGGCCCUGAUCCGCCAGUAUGUGACUGAUGCCCUGGCCGAGACUGUUGCCCUCAUGCUCGGCCAGAGAGAGGGGCAAGGACGGCCCACCACACCCCCCCAGCCUCUGGACGUCCCAUGCACAGCGGAGGUGGUGGUGCCCACCCCUGUGCCCACGCCUGUGCCCAGUCCCAGGGAGAGCCCCGCGCCCCCAGCCAAAGAGCCUUCUCCUCACAGCACCCCGGAGCCCUCAGAACAGGGCUCCACCACGGAGUCGCCCCGGGACCUCCUGCCCCCUGAGGACCGGGACACAGGACCUGCAGGAGCAGAACGGAGUCCAGUGGCCACUCCCACCAUCACUCCUGUCUCAUCUCCACCUCGAGUGGCAACGCCCCCAGCUCUUCCCACUCCUCAGAGUAUGGAGCCAGCUCGACACCUCAACCCAUGGGGAGAUGCCGAGCUCCCCCUGGAGGAGGAGGUCCCACACUUUGAUAUUGAGGACUCCCUGCAGUACCACAGGCCAGUGUUAAUGUCCGUUGCUAAAGAGGAGGAGCCUGUCAGCCUGGUGUCCGUAUCUCCGCCUCUUCUUCCAAAGCAGCCGUCCCCACCCCGACACUCCCCGACCCCUCCCCUUUUGCCUGAGACCCCACCCCCCGCCUCCUCUCCCUCCAGUGCGGACAGCAGCUCGAGUCCGUCCGUCACAGAGACGGACGCAGCUGGCAGGCACAUCUCAGAGGGGGAGCUGCUCCUCAGCUCUGGACCCAUGGCAGCAGCGAGAGUUAUGGCAGAGGAAGGACUGACUUUACCUGCCUUCAACACCAGUCUCUCCAGCUCCCUGCAUGGAGUCCUGGACAUUGAUUAUGACCCGCCCAGCGAGGGCCAGGUGGUGAGGAGACCUCGGGUCCCACACCACCGCGACCCCUUCCUCUCGCUGCUGGCCAAAAUGGACCAGGGUCCCAUGCUGCUGCAAGAGGUCUCUCACCACCGCGAGGGCUGCUGGGAUGAGGACAGCAGCGCAGGUGAACUCAGCGAGGGCCAGAGGCCUCGGCUAACCGCCGUAGGGGAGAGCUUACUGACCGGACGCUCCCUCCUGGACCAGGCCACUCUCAGUCGACCGGGACCGGGACCAUCGCCCGGCCAAGGUGGCCACUUGUCCCCGGGACAGCUGUCCUUACCAGCAGGUAUGGCGUUGGGCAGUGUUCAGGCCAGUGAGAAUCCAGUCACCUUAAUGGACCUGGCAGCGUCCCCACAUACAGAGCCUGGAGCAAGGGACAGUGAAGAACAGGCCUCUGACUGUAUAGUUCCUGCCCGUAGACCUGCUCCAAUCCUGGUGAGGCAGUAUCAGGAGAGACCAGGAGGCACUGAGGAGACAGGGUCCAUUCGAACUGGAGUGCUAUUACUGAAGGGACCUGAGUUUGGUGAAGCACAGAAGACUCGAGUUUCUACAGUGGCCCCCUCUCCACCAACGCUAAUGCUUUCUUCCAGGGCGAAGACAGAGACGUGCCGUUCGUCUCAACAUCCUCGGGUCAGCACAGCCCCACCACAGUGUUAGUGAUGCUGCCGUCCGCCGGGCAGGACAGGGCGUCGGCCAGCGUCAGCGCCGUGGAAACAGACUCCUCUGAAAAUGAUGUGUUCUAGCAGCCGUCUGAUGACCGUGUGAAUGAUCCACCUCUACAAUCAUGAGCUGCCGACCAAAUUUACUGUACAGUAACUAUUUAAUUACAUACUUCCAGUUAACUAGAUUGAUUGUAUAUGUUUUUAACUAAUAAAAUUGUAUAGUACUGUUUUUAGAAUAAACCUAAUAGACCAUCCUGUGCUUUGUGAUGAAUCGUACUACAUUCUGUUGACUUUGCAAUGUCAUGUGUGUUUUCUGUGAUGACGUGCCUUCAGAAAAAUCCAUUAUUAAAACUUUCUUUAAACUUUA